AUGGGCAACUGGCAAGAGGUUCAAGACGACCAGGGAAGAGUAUACUACUACAAUUCGGUAACACAGGAAACCAGCUGGGAAAAUCCCGAGGCUCUGCUGUCGCUGACGUGGAAAGAAUACAAAACUGAUGAUGGAAAAGAGUACUACUAUAAUGAAACCACUGGAGAAACCACCUGGGAGCGACCCGUGGACUUUGAGGAGCAGGAGGAGGUCAAUGAUGUUGUUGAGGCUGCUGCUUCUGAAGAAAUAACGGAGGAAAAGCAAAAAACAGCAGAGGUUAUAGUUUCCGAACUAGAUCAGAAGCUUUCAAAAGAGAAUGUGAAAAAGAGCCUCCUAGCGACUCCUCCAACUUAUGAAAGCAAAGAGGAAGCUACAGCAGCGUUUUUUGAGAUGCUUCAAAGCCAAAAUGUUGACUCUACUUGGUCAUUUGAUCGUGUGAUCGAGACCUUUAUCCAGAACCCAGUUUACUGGCUGAUUGACGAUUCGUUACAGCGCAAAACGCUUUAUGAUGAAUACCUUGUUAAAAAGUUGCAGGAGCAGUCACAGAACAAGACUCUGCUAAUUGAAAGCUUUCGUAAGAAUUUCUUGGACGUAUUGGUCACAUAUAAAAAGGAUGGAAAGAUUAAGACUACAACGAGAUGGUCCACGAUAAAGCAACUACUUAUCCAGGAGGAUAAUCCCAUUUUUAAGCAUGCUAUACUUCCUGAUUCGGACAUUGAGGAGAUUUAUCACGACUACGUGCGUCUGUUUUCAGAAGAAGAAAAACAGGCCAGAUUGGAGACCAAAAAACAAGCAUUGGGCGAGCUUGAAGCAUACCUAAUACAAAUAACUCUGAGCGAUGACUCGCAAAGUAUCACCUGGAAAGAGCUCUAUCUGCGUCUACAAAAGGACGAAAGGUUCAAGGCAAAUAAGCACUUUCAAAUUCUCACCAAGCUAGAUAUCUUGGAAACAUACAAGGACAAGAUCUACCCAAGUCUCAUUGAAGGAAUCAAGAGGAAGAUUGAAAAGGCAGAAAAGAGCAACUACACAGCUGACAGACGAGCCAGAGAGGCGUUCAGGGCGUUCUUGACUACCAAGGUGACCAUUACAGGUACCACAUCAUUUAAAGACGUUCUUCCACAAGUUGAAGAUGAAGAUGCAUUCAUAGAUCUUUGUGGCCGAAAUGGAUCCACGCCGUUGGAGCUUUUCUGGGAUAUUGUGGAUGAAAAGAAGCAAGCCUUAAAGGUCAAAAAGGAUAUAGUGGAACACAGUCUCAGAAAACAGGAGGAGACGAACAGUGAGAUAUUCAGUACCUUUGAUAAAUUCUUGAGCAUCUUGAAGGAAACCAAAGAUGAGCGGUUAGCGGUUUUCGACUUCGAAUCUGAUUCUGAAGAGUUGCAAGAGAUAUUUGACAUCUUGGUUACCGAGCGUCAAUUGCAAAAGCAAAAACAGCAAGAGUUAUUUGAAAACGACUUGAAGAGCAGAUGCAAGAGCUUGGCAGUUUGGCUCUCCAAAAAUCAUUCUCUUGUGGAGGAUGAGAUCUUGGAGGUGAGAGUUGUGAACAACGAAGAUAAGAAGGAAAACAUAAACGUGCCAUCGACUGAUGAGGUCAAAGCAAGCAAAAAUUCAGACUUUACUGACCCUAAGGAGAAUCAAGGCACAUUGAUCGAACUUACAACUCUGGGUCCCAUAUUGGCAUACCACAGGCCACAGGUGGAAGCGUGGGAAAAUGUAAAGAGUGAGAACGUAAAAUCUUUGAAGGAAGCUAUAGAUAAGCACUACAUAAAAGAGGUGGGGACCGAGAAGGCGUCAGACGCGGCCACAAAAGCUUUCUUACAAGCACUUGAGUCCAGCAUUAUGCAACUUGUUCCGUUAUUAGCGGAAACAAGCAGAAAACGUGGUGCCAGUGAGGAGGUGGUUCUGGAGUCCAAGAAAGUUCGCACUGUUAAAAAGAAGCCAAUUCUCAUGAACUACUAG